GCUCAAGGCCCGUAGCGAUAAUUAUUGUGUGCGAAUUGGAAAGAAAAAGGAAACAAGGAAAAAAGAAACAAAGGAGAUUUAUUUUGGGAUUGAAGUGUGUUCUAUUUUGUGUAAUUACGAUUACUACAACCUACACCAUGACCAUUGUAGUCAAAACACCACAUCAGGAGGUAUACUUCGUAGCGUGUUGUUCUUUCCGCAUAAGCGCAUGAAAUUUUAGAUCUGGAAAACAAAAACUUUUGGCCAAAGAAAAGAAAGAUCUUGCAUCACCAACGAUCGAAAUGUUUGAAAUUGGGAUCAGAGUACCACUGCGGUACUAACUUAGGUGUACCUGUUGCUGGCACGUGUUGUUUGACGCUGCUCAAGACGAUUCGACUGACAUCCUGUACUAGAUCUGUCAAGACGCAACAGCAUUUGCUUUCUCAUCCACAAUAGACAGGACAAAAUUGUGAAGCUGUCUUCUGAAAAACGAAUCCUAAUUUUAUUCCACUGGGAAAAUAAUAAAGAAUUCCCUCCUGUUAUACUGCAUAAUUGUGAAACCACUUUCAUUGUUAGUGAGCCUCCAUUGUGGCUCUUCUCGACGAUAUUUUUGGUUCGGGUACAUUGGUAUUGACUAAAAAUUUUAAUUUUCAAGAAAUAGGGGCAACAAACAUGGCGCAGGUAAACCCCGCGGCGUCUAUGUACGAGAUCCCGCACGACCAGAAGCUCCCAGUAACGGUGAUCACGGGGUUUCUUGGUGCGGGAAAAACCACUCUGCUGAACCACAUCCUGACGACAAACCAUGGCAUGAAAUUCGCGGUUAUCGAGAACGAAUUUGGGGAGAUCGGUAUGUUGGAGAAUUUUUCUGUACUUGUGUUGCGUUUUCUUGCAUGAUGUAUGAACCUCCAACUCGCUUGUGCUACCCGUUCUUCUUCUGCUGUCAAUCGCAGCGCGACCACUUCCACCUUUCGUUGGUUGCUGACAUCAAUCAACGUGAAUGACAAUGAAAUUAAUAGGACUAAGGCCUUACUUGACAUGAACUACAGGCAUCGACACCGACCUUGUCCAGAAGAAAGAGUCACUCGCAGAAGAGGUGAUCUCCAUGGACAAUGGAUGCUUGUGCUGCACCGUAAGAGAAGACUUGGUCAAGGGGAUCAGAAGAAUUCUCAGCCUGGGAAAGGAGCUCGAUGGUAUUUUCAUUGUGUGAUUCGGUUUCGGGUAGAUGCUUUUGAUUUUGCAUGUCGAAUGACAAUGAGUGCUGUUUCGUUUGUUGUUUUUCACUUGUUCACUUAAAAAUUCUCGGACACGCCGACGUACAGCUUCUCACUUUUUUGAAAACAGGUAUCAUAAUCGAGACUACGGGCAUGGCGGACCCGGGCCCUGUUGUGCAGACGUUUUACCAAAACCCCGACUUGGCCAGGAGAUGUAAAGUCGACGGCAUUAUCACGGUCGUGGACUCCAAGCACGUAAAGCAGCACCUUUUCAACACCGACAUAUCAGAGGGCGCGGUAAAUGAGGCGAUGCAGCAAGUGGCCUUCGCCGACAGAAUUCUGCUGAACAAGAUCGAUUUGGUAGAAAAGAACGAGCUCACCCAGCUGAAACACGACUUGAAAACGAUCAACAAGGUAUAACUACAAGCCUACUAAGUAGGUUGAACUGGAGUUUCAGUUUCAGCGCUGUUUCCGCAUGACAAAGAACGCGUACUUAUAUAUAAAAAUCCCUUCACUCAUCGUGUUGCUGCAUUAGAAGGCAAGCCUCCGCAACUUGCAGAAGAGGUAUAAGCAUACUAUGUAGCAACAUGCAACCCACCAGCAUCAGAAAUUCUCCCAUCCCAACAGCUCGCCGACACUAUUGAGUGCCAGAACAGCAAGGUGGACCCCAAGAUGCUGAUCGGCAUCGACAAAUUUAACCUCGAGAAGGCCCUGGAAUUCGACCCAGAUUUUCUCAAGGGCGCCGAAGGGCACGAGGACUGCGACCACGAGAACGGCGUGUGCGAUCACGAGGACCACGGGCAUGGGCACGGCGGCGAGUCCCAUGGGCACGGCCACGGGGCAGAGUCCCACGGGCACGGACACGAGUCGCACGGGCACGGGCAUGAAAGUAGCAGCCACGGCCACGGGCAUGGUGAGAGCCAUGGGCACGGACACGGCGAGGAAAAAUUCAAGCCAACAACGAGACACGACUUGGCGGUCAGCAGUGUAGGGAUAAAACUCAAGCCCGGGGAGGACAUGGACCUCAACAAGUUGAGACGUACAGAUUUUUUGUGAGAAGUUUUUGCUUUCUUCUUGCAGGUUGUGUAUGCUGUGCUGAGCUCGCGGUGGCGUAUGUUGCUUAUCGUGGUGCAAGAGCAGUUGUAAUUUUGACUACACCGUGGUGGAGUAAGUAUCUCCAGAGAAAGUUUUUCUUGCCGAAGAUUAGAAUCGCAUGUCAUGGUCAUCGAAAAACAAAACAGAAUGGAUCGGCGAGCUGGUCCAGACCAAGGGCGAAGAGCUUUACAGAUAUAAGGGCAUCCUAUCCGUGAAGGGCUUUGACCAAAAGUUUGUAUUCCAGGGCGUCCACAUGCUCUUUGACGGCGACUUCCAGGGCGAGUGGGCAGAAGACAACGAGAGCCGUACUUGAUUAUAGAAGAUUUACAGCGUUUUUGUCAGAGUGCAUUUUAUGCUACUGAUUCAUCAGAUGAGUUGUACAGUGAUGGUGUCGAUUGCUGGCAUGUUUUUUAGCGUCCAUAGUACUCCCACGAUCAUGGUCGAAACGAAAAUUACAACAGGCGUCUCCAAGUUUGUCUUCAUUGGCAAAAACCUGAAGCGCGAGGAGCUCGAGGCUGGCUUCCGCAAGUGCGUGUGCGCUCCGCUCCGAUUCAAAGUCGGGCAGCGGGUCCAGGCCAAAGUCCGCGACGGGUGGAAGGAGGGGGAAAUUAUCCGAACCUGGGACAACGGGAAACCCUACAGGAUUCGAAUUGUCGAUAGCGGAGUCGAGGUGUAUGGGCCGUUGGAUGACGACAGGGUGGUCAGACCCUUGGACUACGUCCCGCCGACCACCGCUUGACUAUGAAAUUCCGAAGCGACUUCUAAAAUGAACGACGAUCAAGCCUGCGCGGCCCUAGUAGGAAGUUCUGAUGACGUGUAACAUAGGAUUUGAAGGUGAUAGUGAUAUUGUUCUAGUACUACAACAACUCGCGCAUUAAUGUAUGGCGGCCUCGAGGAACAGUUACAGGAGCAUACGGCUGGAUAGGAGACUACAUCAAAGUUGUAUCUCUUGACAACAUACGAUGGUAUGAGAUUCAGCGAUACUACUUGCAAGCUACGCCUUAAAUUGCCUCGCAAACGUGGUUUAAGGAUCUGUUUUUCCAGGAAAUUUGAGAUUGCUUUAUUUGCGUGCAGGAAAUUAUUUGCGUGGGCGUGGGCCCGACGAGUAGCACUCCCCACAGGAGAUGAGCAGGCUUGGAAUGGUUCAGAAUUGAAACGAAUGGCUGCUACGUAGAUGACCAAGACUCGAGGUUGUAAUUUCACUGUACUGACUAUCAUGAAAGAAUCGAAGAGAAAGACUUACGAACUUCUGUGUGAAUGAAUACUUGCCAACAUAUGAUUACGCCCUUGCUCAUGAUCUCCCCGACAAGGAGAUGAAAAGUAUACAACACUUUCAACAUCCGUGUGGCUAUGCGAAAUAGCGUGUACGGGAAAGCAGUUGAUUCCUUUCGAGAAGACGAAGACGAAGAUGAAAACCAGUACGCAGAAUGAACGAAAUUGACAAAUUAUCACGUCGGCCCUGGCACGUCGAAGACGACCUCCUCGCGCAAAAUAAGAAAACCACGAUACCUUCCGAAUCUCGAGGAUGGACCUUCGUGCAACGAGCCCUACCUCCUCCAGGAUUGCUGUGCA